ACCCGCACCCCCCCGCGCGCGGACCCCCGCGGCGGCGGCACCGCGAGCCGAGCGUUGGCGCGUUCGGUGACAGUUGGCCGCGCGGCGCGGGCGGGCGGGAGCGGGAGGCGGCCCUCGGGCCCGGGCUGGGCGGCGCUGCGGGCGGCCGGGGAGGAGGAGGUGGAGGUGGUGCUGGGGAGGAGGAGGAGGAGGAGGAGGAGGAGGAGGGGGAGGUGGUGCUGGGGGGAGGAGGAGGAGGAAGGCAGCUCGCGUGUGCGGUGCAGCGCGGCGUCCGUUUCAUGAGCGCCCUCCGAGCGGAGUCGGGGCCUGCGCGCAGAGAGGGCUCUUCAGCUUCGAACCCCCGUCCCUCAGCUCUUCCUGACAGGCGUGGACAUCGACUGCAGUGUGCUUAUUGGGGAAAUGGGACUUUGAUAUUUGGUGAAGAUAUUAUGCAGAAAUGUGACGACUUUCUCAGUUGUCUUGCACAUGAAAACGGGAGAUUGCUGCAGCUAUAUUCGAGCACUAGUCAACUCUUUCAGGAAUACUAAGCAGUCUGCUGACUUCGUCAUUAACAAUGAGAAGGAAAGGAAGGUGUCAACGAGGGACAGCAAGGCGCCCAGCUUCACCUUGCCAGUUGAAACAUUCGCCAAGUCGUGAAAUGCUGACAUAUGCUCAAGCUCAGCGAAUGGUUGAAAUGGAAAUUGAUGGGCGACUGCACAGAAUUAGUAUUUAUGAUCCUUUGGAAAUCAUUUCAGAAGAUGACUUAACUGCCCAAGAAAUUGUUGAAUGUAACAGCAACAAAGAAAACAGUGAACGUCCACCUGCUUUUGUAAAGAGUAAAAGAUGCAAAUCCAAUAAAGUUAAAAAGAAGGAUGUCGUUAUUCAGAGUACACAUGGUGCUCAAACUCAAGUAAAUGCAUUGCCAGAACCACGGUUUAGAAUAGUAGAUUAUGAACCACCUUCUGCUCCUCGUCGACCUUCAUCUUAUUACCGGCUCAUUGAGAAGUCCCCAGAGGAGCUCAAUAAUGAAGUUGAGUAUGAUAUGGAUGAGGAAGAUUAUGCAUGGUUGGAAAUGAUUAAUGAAAGGCGUAAAAGUGAUGGUUUGAGUGCAGUUUCACAGAAUGUGUUUGAGUUUCUAAUGGAUAAACUAGAAAAGGAAUCUUACUUUGAAAAUUCUAAUCAAGGUGAUCCUCAGUCUUUAAUUGAUGAAGAUGCUGUUUGUUGUAUAUGCAUGGAUGGAGAAUGUCAAAACAGUAAUGUAAUAUUGUUUUGCGACAUGUGUAAUUUAGCAGUGCAUCAGGAAUGCUAUGGAGUUCCAUAUAUACCUGAAGGACAAUGGUUGUGCCGUCGUUGCUUGCAAUCAUCAUCUCGAUCUGUUGAUUGUAUUUUGUGCCCAAAUAAGGGUGGUGCUUUCAAGAAAACAGAUGAUGGUCAGUGGGGACAUGUUGUAUGUGCUCUGUGGGUUCCUGAAGUUGGAUUUGCUAACACUGUAUUCAUAGAACCUAUUGAUGGUGUCAAGAACAUUCCAGCAGCCAGGUGGAAACUGACAUGCUACCUCUGCAAACAGAAGGGGCUUGGUGCUUGCAUCCAGUGUCAUAAAGCAAAUUGUUACACAGCAUUCCAUGUAACUUGUGCUCAACAAGCAGGUCUGUACAUGAAAAUGGAGCCUGUUAAAGAAACUGAAUCCAAUGGAACAACGACAUUCAAUGUGAAAAAGACUGCUUUCUGUGCUGUGCAUACACCUCCAGGGUGUGUGAGAAGGCCACUAAACAUUUAUGAGCCAGCUGAACUAAAAAAUGGCAUAUGUAGAAAAGAUUCACCUAACAAGGCAACAAAAGCCAAGUGUAAGACGAGGCAGAAGACAAAGAAGGCACAGAAGCUCUUAAUUGAAAAAAGUACUACUGUGCCUGUCGUAUCUGUUCCAUGCAUUCAGCCAGAUAGGCUAAAUAAAAUAAUGAGUCAAGUAUCAGUACCACGUAAAAAACAAUUUAUACAGAGGUUGUAUGUUUACUGGACACUUAAACGACAAUCAAGAAAUGGCGUACCUCUUCUUCGUCGUUUACAGUCACAUUUGCAGUCUCAGAGAAAUUCACAACAGAGGACAAAUGAUGAACAGAAAAAUGGUUUGAAAGAGCAGCUGAAAUAUUGGCAGAGGCUCCGUCAUGACCUUGAGAGAGCACGUUUACUAGUUGAACUUAUUCGCAAACGUGAAAAACUAAAACGUGAACAGGUCAAAGUUCAGCAGGUUGCAAUGGAGCUCCAGCUAACACCAUUAACUGUCAUGUUACGUUCCGUUUUGGACCAGCUUCAGGAAAAGGAUGCAGCACAUAUAUUUGCUCAGCCAGUGAGCUUGAAAGAGGUUCCAGACUACUUGGAUCAUAUAACACAUCCAAUGGACUUCUCCACAAUGAGGAAAAGGAUAGAAGAUCAUGGUUAUAAUAAUCUGGAUGAGUUUGAAACUGAUGUUAACCUUAUUAUAGAUAACUGUAUGAAAUACAAUGCAAAGGACACAAUAUUUUACAGAGCAGCUGUGCGAUUAAGAGAUCAGGGAGGUGUCAUAUUAAGACAAGCUCGUCGUGAGGCUGACCGAAUUGGUUAUGACUAUGAAACUACAAUGCAUUUGCCUGAACCACCAAAGAGUGAAGCAGCUAAACCUUUGACGUGGGAAGACGUGGAUAGAUUACUGAUGCCUGCAAAUAGAGAGCACAUGUCCUUGGAAGCGCAGCUCAAAGAAUUGCUGGACAAACUGGACAUGACGUGUGCAAUGAAAGCCUGCAGUGCUAAAUCUAGGCGCGUCAAGUUACUGCGAAAAGAAAUUAAUAACAUCCGCCUCAAAUUAAGCCAACAGAAGGCUCACAGUGAACAUGCACACAGUGAAAACAGUAUAGCUGAUGAUGGGGCAAAGUUAGAACAAGAUGGAGAUUCCAAGUCUUCAGUGCCACCUACUCUCGAACCAUCUGAUUCUUUGCCUCUUCUGCCAACUUCAGAUACUCCAUCAGAACCACCUAUUCUCAAACCAAUAGAACCUAGCACUGACCAGAGUAGAUUAAAUAAAAGAGUCAAGUUUGAUGGUGAAGCAAGUAAUACUUCCUUGCAGAAUAUGACAAUGAAUGGACAUUCUCCAGAAGAACUGCAUAAUGGUGAUGUCAGUAGCUCAAAAUCUACAGCAGUUGAUCUGUCAGAUGAUAUUGGAAGACAUUCUUCUGUUCUCUUCCGUAAACCCAAAAGUGUGAGCUCUCAAAACCAAGCAAAAAAUUCAGAAACUCAACCACAUCAAGGGCAGCUUGGAACAAAAACCUUUUUAUCAGUGGUGAUUCCGAGACUGGAGACAUUAUUACAGCCAAGGAAGAGAUCACGUAGCUUAUGUGGUGACUCUGAAGGAGAUGGUGAAAAGUUACCCCUCAAAAAACCUGGCCUGGCAUUAUCCAAUGGAUUUGGUAAUGAGGAAAAACCAGAAACUGCACAGAUCAACCCAACUGAUCAUCAGCGACGUCGUUGUGCUUCAGAAUCAAGUAUAUGCACCAGUGUCAGUGUAGUUUCCAACCGUGCAAGCACAAUAAGUCUUCCUAAGUGUGGAAAGGGAAAGCCGGCACUAGCUCGAAGAAACCCCUUGGAGGACAGAAAUGAAUUGAUUGCUUGUAUUGAAAAUGGCAACUUUGCCAAAGCAGCUAGAAUCGCAGCAGAGGUUGGCCAAAAUAGUAUGUGGACUUCUACAGAUUCCAGUUCUGCUUUGGAGCCCUUAAAAUUAAUUUGGGCAAAAUGCAGUGGUUAUCCAUCAUAUCCAGCCUUGGUAAUUGAUCCAAAGAUGCCUCGAAGUGGUUUUCGCCACAAUGGAGUGCCUAUACCUGUGCCCCCUCUAGAUGUACUGAAAGUGGGAGAGCAAAUGCAAAGGAGGGCUGGAGAGAAACUUUAUCUUGUUCUGUUCUUCGACAACAAGCGAAGUUGGCAGUGGCUUCCAAAAUCCAAAGUGGUCCCUCUUGGUAUUGAUGAAACCAUAGAUAAAAUAAAAAUGAUGGAAGGUCGAACUUCUUCCAUUCGGAAAUCUGUCCGCAUUGCUUUUGAUCGAGCAAUGAUCCAUCAAAGUAGGGUCCAAGGUGAACAAACGAGUGACUUUAGUGACAUUGAUUGAAAAUGUGUCAGUCUUGAGAGAUGAACCCAUCGAUUGAAGUUAAAACCAAGAAAGCUUUGCAGAACCAUUUCUCAAAAAGAAUGUACUUUCCACUGUUGUCUCAAUCAUUGUUCCAGUAGUUGUGCUUGGAAAAAUAAUGGCACCUACUGAUUCACUGCCAGCUGUAAUAAUGUUUUUCAUACAUAACUUUCUUUUGUGUAAACAUUCAAACUUUCCACUAUAAUUUUUCAACAGGAUUAACUUGUUCAUAGUGUUUAUAAGUCCUGGGAAAAAGCUGUAAAUACAUGUAUAUUGCUUCACACCGUAAAUUAUUCUGUUAGUCAAAAUUGGUUGCCAUCUGUUCUGGUACUUUGUUGUUUUUAUAUAUAUAAUCUGAAUGUUCUGUAACUUAUUAAAUAAACAGAAAGCUGUUCAUGUAACCAAGUACCAUGCAGCAGGUAAUUUUGGUGCAGAGUAUACUGAAAAAGUUAAUGAACAAAAUCAAGAUAACUUUAAAUGGUGUGCAAUAGAGCAGUAAAAUGAGCUUUUAUAUUUCUCUUACCAAAAGAAGCUUUGAUUCUCAAGUUUAUCUUGGGUUGGUUUGUGCUUCAUAAUAUAAAAAAUCAAACAUGCUUGUUUAUUGGAAUACAGUUUCCCUGGUUUACCUCUGUCACUCUAGGUUUUAAUGAAAAAAUACUUUAGAUAAAUUUCCUUAAAACAAUAUUAACUGGUGCUCAUUACAAUUUGUAGCCCAUCAAAGUAUGUGGGUAAAAAAAAAGGUGUCCUUAUUUUAACCUCAAGCUAAAUCCCUUAACUUUUGGAUUUAUGUAAAACAUCAACAUUUCCAUUAGGAAAUCAAAAACCCUUUUUCCUAUUUGAUCAGUUUAGAAAACCAAAACCGUGAAUAAAAUCAUACUGUGCAUGGAUUACUUUAAAGCUUGAAUCCUAUUACUGUGCUGAUUUUUUAAAAAAUGUUUUCAUUUUUCUACCUAUUCAUUUGGCUGAAGUCUCACCCUUGAACAAUAUUAAAUGAACACCUUGUCUCUGUCUCGCUGCUUUAGGUUGAUUCAACUCAUGGUGCUGAAUAAGACGAUUAACCAAAAUGUAGCAUAAUCCUAAAUAGCAUUUGAAAUAAUACUUGGUGAAAGUAUGUUGUUUGGGAAACUGGGAUGCUGAUUUGAUUUUUGCAUAUUUAUGAAAUGCAAUAUUAAAAAAAGAAGAUUGUCAUUUACUGCCUGGAAUACCUGAAAUGCAGGAGUGCUUGUUGUACUAAGUGGUUUUGUAGCCUGUGUAUAAUUGUAUAUGAAUUCACUUCAAACUUGUAACUUUUUUACUUUGUUGGGAGGGGUGUUUUAAUAUUACAUUUCUUUUCUGCUGUGAUUUACUAUGGGACCUGUACACAAAUUUUUAAAAACAAUUUUGUGCCUGCAUUUGUUUCUUAAUUUAUUGUAGAAAGUGUACAGAUUUGCUUUGUAGUAACUUUUAUAAGCAACUGAACUAGUUUGAAACUGAAAUUUGUAAAGUGUUAAAACAAUAGAACAAAUGUUUGGUGACCACAGGCACAUCAGUUUAAAACUGUACUUUGGGAAGGAAUAAAUGUGAUGCAAUCUGUUUGUUGCAUAAUCCCUCAAAAAAAAUGCUUAUUUUUGUGUGUUCAGUGACUGUUGAAGUGUUUGUAACAGAAAUGAUGUCAGCAGAUACAUUGCUUAGCAUUCAGUUUUUUUUUGUUUUAUACGGUGUGUUUGUAAAUUGAACUAGUAUAUUCAUUUUCUGUUAAGAGAUGUAUAAGCAUUUUCUUUUGGAUAAAAAAAUUAAGGUAGAAUAGGUCAUGGGUCUUGUUUUAAUCAUAUUCAUUUUGAUUCUGUGAACCAUUACAUAAUUCCCAGUAACUGGAAGUAAAAUAACGUAUAAUGAUUUGGGAAUUAACUGAUUUAUGUUAAGUUGCUGAAAUUAUUUUCACUAGCAGUCUUAAGGACUUUCUGACCUAAAAUGUAUUAUUUACUGUAAAAAGCAUUUGUAUAAUUGUUCUAAAAGUUAGAAUUUUUUAGGCCUAAUUUAGACUGGUUACCAGAUAAAGAAACAAAUCAGAAAUAUAUUGAACUAUACUGAUCCAGUAGAUCCCAGAUUUAAUCUAUGAACCAUACUGAGUUUCUACUUCAUUAAGGUGAAGCUCCUGGAUCAGGGAGAAGAAAAUUAUCCAUGGUUCACGCUCCAGACUUUUGCCUAAUGAUGCAUUCCCACAAAGCCUUUUCAGUAUGUUGGUCGGAUUGAAUUCAGUUACAGUACUGUCAGUCAACUUCCAAAUGAAAAACUGCAGAUGUUAACUGUUGAGCUGAAGCAUAAAGAACUCCUUGAACAAGCUGCUGGAGGACUAAUAGCAGUCACAUUGUAGUUAAAUUACAGGACCAAAAUAAGGCAAAAACCUAUUUGACCUCUUGUCAAUCACUUAUUUCUCCUUCCACUGUUAUGUAAUCUAUAUCAUUCUUGUAGAGACUGUCCCACUAAGGAUGCCUUUCAUUGUGUUAUGUAGUGCUUCUACUGUGCCAAAUGCAAUAAUUUAGACAGCUACCAGCUCAAAACUUGGCAACUAUAAGGUCCUGUGAUCCAUAGUUGCAUUGGAAUUGAAUUCAUGGCAUGUUCCAUCUCUCACUCCUUUGAUUAAAGCAGGGAAGCAAAUGCUGUUUUCUUGCUUUUUUUUUUACAUUAAUAUGAUCAAUAAAUGAUCUUUUCUAUUAUGGUGCUAUAUACACACACAGGUAUCAAGACCAGUGGUUAAUCUUCUCAAAAUGCUACCAGGCACAUGCUGAAAAAGAAUGAUUUGUAUUGGAAUAUUUACACUGCUUGUGCUGUUCAUGUUCUGUCAUUCCAUAAAGUAAAUUUAACACCAAAAUGAACCAUAAAAGCAAUACAGACAUUGGAGGUUUAUUAGAAACUCCAGAAAAUCAGUAGCAUUGCACCUGCCAGAUUUCUUGUAUAUCUGUUGAAAAGCAUUUAUCAAAUGAAAUUUAUCUAAUUAUCACUGCAAAUUGGAAGCAAAUUCUGAUAACCUAAUUGCAAGGUAUAAACACAAGCUGUCAUACUGUCUUCCUGAAGGAAAAUUUUAUACAUACUAGUUUUAAUUUUGCCAAGUACAUUCUGACUUUCUGGACCAAUUAACCUGUGCACUCAAGAUUUAGUUCAAACUGACAAAUUGAACUCCUCCUGCAAUGAGAUUCAGUAGACUAUUGCUACCUUUUCUGGUUUCAGUUAAAAUGUGGUCAUAUUUGGAGUAAUAAACCUUUGCUCUGACCCCCAAUGAUGGAGGUGAUUUUCU